AUGACAUGCUACUACCGCAACGGCACCCGCGCCACAGACGACACCCCCUGCCCAAACGCCAACACCUGCUGCCCCUCCAGCGCAACAUGCAUGGAUAACCUCCUCUGCCGCGACAAGAACAACCACGCCAACGGCUCGCUGACUGACUUCCCGGACGGACACUCAUACAAUUACACCGGGCUGUACUAUACACCUUCCUGCCAGGAUAAGAGUUACAAGGGGUGUUCUGUAGCUUGUACGACGUAUGAUUCGUAUCGAGGGCAGUAUAUCUGGGCGUGUAAUGCCGCGCUGACGAGGUAUUGUUGUCAUGACGACGAGGCGGGUUUGAGUCAGGGGGAUUGUUGCGAUGGGGGGACGUUUGAGUUGGCGGCGCCGGGGGGUUCGGCUUUGCCCUCUGCCUCUGCCUCUGCUUCUCCGUCUGCCAGUGCGAGUUCGAGUUCGACGUUAGCUGGAGCGCCGUCCGGGUCUGUUACGUCCUCAGCCGCGACGGCAACAGCAGCAGUAGCUACAAAUAGCCUGUCCACAGGUGCAAAGGCAGGGAUUGGGAUUGGCGCGGCGGGAGCAGGGAUCAUCAUCAUCGUGCUGGUUGCGCUGCUAUUCAGGGCACACAGACUUGCAGCUAAAACCCGAGGGCAAAGUCAAAUUGGAAAAAAUCCAUUCCGGACAAGUGCAGCCAGAGCCAGACAAGCGGAACUCGAGGCGUGCGCUUAUGCACCACCGAGCGAACUGUCUGCGAAGCCGGCGCGGAGCCGCUUCGAGCUGGCUACUUGA